AUGAAGCUGAUCAACCUACUCCUCGUCGGUCUGGCGCCGAUGGCGUUGGGCACGGCACCAUUGAUCAAGAGGGGCGAGAAGGACCUGAUUGACGACAAUUACAUUGUGGUCAUGAAGAAAGGCAUCGACGCGAAGGGUAUCCAGGCACACUACAACUCGAUGCAAACUUCGUCCCUGAAGCUUGUCGGGGGCAAGAAGGGGUUCGUGAGGAAGUUCCAAGUCCACGACUUCAACGCGUACCACAUCGAAUGUGACGAUGACAUGCUUCAAGCUAUUCGAGGUCAUGAUAUGGUCGACUACGUCACGCAGGACGCCCGCGUGAGUCUCCAGGCGCCUGUCCCCCUCCCCCAGACGGUGGGAAUGGUUCCAGCCGGAGUGGAACAGGGGUCUUGGGGUCUUGGCCGGGUCUCCCAUCGGGGACCGGGUAUCGGAGGAUACGUCGGCGCGGGUGUAAACCCAGAUGCUCUGCCAAGCCAUGCCUACAUCAUCGACACUGGUAUUCGCACCUCGCACAGGCAAUUCGGCAACCGCGCAUCCUGGGGAAAGACCUUUGUAGACGGCGCAGAUGACACGGACGACAACGGGCACGGCACCCACGUCGCUGGAACAGUAGGGGGCGCCACUGUUGGUGUCGACAACACCACAUUGCUAUUCGCGUUGAAGGUGCUGGACGCAAAUGGUGUCGGAAGCGACUCUUCCAUGAUUGCUGGCGUGGAUUGGGCGGUGGAGCACGCCCGAAACGCCAGCAGCCUGUCCCGUUCCGUGAUCAACCUGUCCCUCGGUGUUGACAGGGUGGACCCGGCGCUGACGGACGUUAUCGAGGCCGCCUACAGCGCCGGCAUGACAGUCGUCGCGGCAGCCGGGAACCACGGAGCGGACGCCUGUUCCUUUUCGCCAGCUUCGGCACUGGAUGCCAUCGCGGUCGGGGCCACCGACGAGACGGACCACCGGGCGGGCUACUCAAACUUGGGCGCUUGCGUGGACAUAUUCGCGCCGGGCAAUAAUAUCAGGAGUACUUGGCAUGAUGAUGACAAUGCGUUCGCCACGCUUAUGGGGACGAGCAUGGCAGCGCCUCAUGUGGCCGGUGUUGCGGCGUAUCUGAUGGCGCGUGAGGACCUGCCGACGCCGGCGCAGGUAUGGACGCGCAUUUUGGCGUUGGCUACGAAGGACAAGCUGCUGGAUGUGAAUGGCAGCCCGAAUCGCCUGGCCUUCAACGGGAACCCGGCGGAGCUGGCACUGUGA